AGACUUUUGGAGACUAUGGGGUAUCUGCCAGGGUGCGUGCAAGUGCAGACCGAAGAAAAAACCAGCCUCGGGCUGGCCUGAUAAAUUGAACGUCGUCCGCCGCCCCUGCCCCAUUCACCUUGAUACCCUACCUCGCCCUCUCUUUCUUUCCAUCUCUUUUCUUCCUCACCCUUCCCCUCCUUGAGCUCUCGCCUGGUUCUGGUACUCGCUUGUUGCGGGACUAAAGGCUCGAAGUGACGAACCUGGUCGCACUUCCGCACUUGGGCGCAUCCGACCACAGUCUGCCUGGUACCUACAGCCUGCCGACAGUCUUCUGCGCCUCCAACACCCGACGACCAUCACUCCAGACGAGCCGCCCCAGGGCCCCGUCGCCAAAAAUGACAAACAGCUCAGACAAGGAGCACGGGGUGAGUCACCUCGAGGGCGAUGCCGAGGCCGUGGCCGCCCAUAAGGUCGGCUCCCACGGCGGCCAGCACGCCUCGCCCGCCGACUUCGGCUUCAGCCCCGAGGAGGAGAAGGCCAUCAUGCGCUGGGUCGACAGGCGCCUCGUCACCACGGUCGGCUUCAUGUACUGCGUCUCGCUUAUGGACCGGACCAACCUCGGAGCCGCCUCCAUCGCCGGCAUGGACCGCGACCUGGGCCUGAGCAUCGGCGACAGGUACAGCAUCAUCACGCUCGUCUUCUUCAUCACGUACACGCUCUUCCAGCCGCCCUCCACCGUCAUCGUCCGCAAGGUCGGCCCGCGCGUCCACCUGGCCCUCAUCACGCUGCUCUGGGGCGCCUGCAUGAUCGGCAUGGGCUUUGCCGCCACCUGGGACGUCAUGGCCGGCCUGCGUGUCCUGCUGGGUAUUCUCGAGGCCGGUUUCUUCCCGAGCUGCGUUUACCUGCUCAGCACUUGGUACACUCGCUAUGAGGUCGGCAAACGGUACUCGAUGUUUUACCUGCUGGGAUGCGUCGCUGCCGCCUUCUCUGGCAUCCUGGCCUUUGGUCUCAUGCAAAUGAAGGGUCUCGGAAACCUGAACGGUUGGCGAUGGAUCUUCAUCAUGGAAGGCAUCAUCACCUGCCUCCUUGGAAUUGGUGGCUACUGGUUCCUUGUCAACUUCCCCGACUCGAAGCGUGCGAACUGGUCGUUCCUGGGCGAACGUGAGCGUGCCUGGGUUGUGGCCCGCGUCCAGGAAGACCGCGGCGACGCCAAGGUGCAGGCCUUCACGUGGGGCGCCUUCCUCGGCGGCGGAAAAGACAUCAAGAUUUGGAUGUACGCCAUGAUCUUCUUCAACACCACCACCAUCACCUACGCCCUGGCCUACUUCAUGCCCAUCAUCCUGAACGCCAGUCUGGGCUUCGACGUCGGCACCGCCCAGUGCCUGGUGGCCCCGCCCUACGUCCUCGCCGGCAUCGUCAUGAUGACGGGCGCCUGGCUCGGAGACAAGUACCACGUCAGGGGGCCCAUCAUCGUCGCCAACAUGAUCCUCUGCCUCAUCGGACUUCCCAUCCUCGGCUUCCACCCGGACCCCAAGGUCCGAUACAUGGGCAUCUUCCUGGUUACCGCCGGCGCCAAUGCCAACGUCCCCGCCGUCAUGGCGUACCAGGCCAACAACAUCCGCGGCCAGUGGAAGCGAGCCUUUUGCAGCUCCACUCUUGUUGCCAUGGGCGGUAUUGGUGGAAUCGCCGGCAGUCUGGUCUUCAGGAAUGCUGAUAAGCCCACCUACCGCCCCGGCCUAUAUGCCUGCAUCGCAUGCGCGCUGCUCAACAUCAUCCUUGUCGGAGUCCUGAGCCUUUUGUACAAGAUGGAGAACGGCAAGGCGGAGAGGGAGGGCAAGGAGCUGGAGGUCACCCAGGGCGAGGACUUCCAACCCGGCUUCCGCUACACCUACUAAGCGCAUCUCUCUUGUCUCUACUUUCUGACUAUUCGACCGCGCCCAUCAACCGCUAUGAUGUAUUGGAGGACUAUUUAGGGUUGAGGCGAUGGGCGUCCUCUGGCGGGGGUGCCGGAAAGGACGCUCGUGUCGUUGCGAUACACCAUGCCUAGGCAAUUUUGCCACAACCAACGUCGUAGUCCAAGAUUAGGGUGAUAUAAUGAGAUCGGAUAAUACUUCAAACUGCCUUGAUUCAG